UGGGAGUGGAAGAGGCAGCCUCGCCCGGGGCUGAUUGGCUCCCGAGGCCAGCCCUCGCCCGCGGUUUAUAAGAGUUGGGGUAGCCGGGCGCCCUGCCCGCUCGCCCGCGCGCCCCCCGAGCAGCGCCCGGCUCUGAGCGCCGCACGUCGAGGCCCGCCUGGCCCCGCGCCGGCUCCCGCGCCGUCUUCAGAGUCGGUCGCGGGCGGAGGAGCAAGGGAGGGAGCCGACGACGGAGGCGAGCGCCGCAGCCAGCGGGCCGAGCGCCAUGCGCCGCGCCAGCCGAGACUACACCAAGUACCUGCGCGGCUCGGAGGAGAUGGGCAGCGGAGGUUCGGGCGCCCUGCACGAGGGCCCCCUGCACGCCGCCCCGCCGCCCGCGCCGCCCGCGCCGCACCAGCCCGCCGCCGCCUCCCGCUCCAUGUUCGUGGCCUUCCUGGGACUGGGGCUGGGCCAGGUGGUCUGCAGCGUCGCCCUAUUCCUCUACUUCCGAGCCCAGAUGGAUCCUAAUAGAAUAUCUGAAGAUGACACUCACUGCAUUAAUAGAAUUUUCAAACUCCACGAAAACUCAGAUUUGCAAGACACAACUCUGGAGAGUCAAGACACAAAAUUAAUACCUGAUUCGUGUAAGAGCAUUAAACAGGCCUUCCGAGCAGCUGUACAAAAGGAAUUACAACAUAUUGUUAGAGCCCAACACAUCAGAGCAGAGAAAGCUAUGAUGGAAGGUUCGUGGUUAGAACUGGCCAGGAGGGGCAAGCCUCAUACUCAGCCUUUUGCUCAUCUCACUAUUAAUGCCACUGACAUCCCAUCAGAGGACCAUUUGGUUUCUCCGGUGGCCUGUGAGGAAGGAGGCUGCUGCAUCCGACUGGGAUGGGACCAGAGCAUGUCGACACUUGGCAACAACGGAGGGAGUGUGCUGAGGACUGACAAGAUCAUGUCAGGAAACCGACACAUCCUGGAUGCUCUGGCUAAUGGAAUUUUCUGCUCAUUGUAAACAUUCCCUUUCCAUCUUCCCACCACAUGCCCAAUCCGAAGGAAGGAAAGCAUGCAAAAUUUGAGAUCCUCUGUCUUCCUGUGUCAGCUUCUACACAUACCAGAUUCACGCACACUUGCAUCUUUGCAAAACACGACAUGUGCUGCUAUUCCUGUUCGGGGGAGUUGCUUUCCUCCCUCUCCUUCUGCUUCCUUUUGUCUCAUUUGUUCCCAUCAGGCCAUCGUAGAAAAGUUCCCAGGGAAGAAGACCUGUUUCCCCAGUGAUUCCAGUGGAAACCUGAACACCUCAUGCCUCAUCCCGUCUCUCUGUGUCUGCCUGUUGUUUUGGCUUGGGACAGUGGCACGGGGCUCCACUUGUACAUUUUGGGGACACACCUCUGACUCAGUUUG